AUGUCCGUCGCCGCCGAGUUUGAGACCGCCAACAAGCAGUACGCCGCCCAGUUCACCCACGGCGACCUGCCCCUCCCCCCCGGCCGAAAGGUCCUCGUCGUCACCUGCAUGGACGCACGCAUCGAUCCCGCCCGCGCCCUCGGCCUCCGCGAGGGCGACGCCCACGUCGUCCGCAACGCCGGCGGCCGCGCUGCCGAAGCCCUGCGCUCCGUCGUCAUAUCCCAGCAACUCCUCGGCACACGCGAAAUCAUCCUCAUCCACCACACCGACUGCGGCAUGCUCACGUUUAGCGACGAGGUGCUCCGAGGCAAGAUCCGCGCGGACCUGGGCGAGGACGCGGACCACAUCGCCUUCUUGCCGUUUGGCGACCUGGCGCAGAGCGUGAGGGAUGACGUGGCGCUGCUCAAGAGGUCGGGAUUGGUGCUGGACGUCCCCGUCACGGGCUACAUCUACGACGUCAAGACGGGCACCAUCACCAAGGUGUAA